UAGCCAGAUAAAAUGGACUGUCUUGACACUCCUUCGGGGAGGAGUAGAAGCCUGCGAGAUGCGUAGUUGCCGUUAGAUUUGACGGUGGAGAUACCGGAAUAACACUAUGCUGAGAUCACGGCGUUCCCGUUCCCGUCACGGCGCCCAGCUCUGCGCCGUUACGUCCGCCGUCCUCCUCCUCGUCUCCGUCUCGCUUCUCUACACUCGCCUCUCUCUCUUCUCCUCCCACUCGCCGACCUAUCUCCGCUCCGACUCCGCCGACGACGCCGUCUUGUUCCCGGAUUCUAUCCUUGUCUCCGACUCCGACGUCGUCGACGGUGGCGGAUCUACCUCCACCGAGGAUCGAAUCGACGAGCACGACGAUGCGAUCGAUGGCGAUCGUAACGACGGCGUUUUGAUCGAGGAGGAGGAGAAUCAGGACGCGGAGCAGGAGCAGGAAGUGGAUCCUGAUCGGAGCAAGGGGUCUGCGUCUGGGUUUUACUUCGACCACGUCCAUGGCGUCAUCAGGCGAGCUUUCAACAAGCGUUCGAUCGACGAGUGGGAUUAUGAUUACACAGGGUUUAGUUUCGGAUCAGGAGCUGACGAUUCGAUCGAGAAGAGUAAGGCCGCCUUCGGAUCUGAUGAUAUUCCGGUCGACGAAGCCAUUCGGAGGAAGAUCAUCGAGGUUUCGAGUGUGGAAGACGCGUUUUUGCUGAAAUCCGGUAAGAGAGUGUCGCCUUUGAGAGAAGGUUGGGGUGAUUGGUUUGACAAGAAAGGCGAUUUCUUGAGGAGAGAUAGAAUGUUCAAGUCGAAUAUAGAGAUAUUGAAUCCGCUGAAUAAUCCGAUGUUGCAGGAUCCGGAUGGGGUGGGGAUCAAUGGCCUGACAAGAGGGGAUAGGGUGGUGCAGAAAUGGCUGUUGAAUGAGUUUAGGAAAAACCCUUUUCCGACAAAGAAUCCUUUGAGUGUUUCGGAGAAGAAAGAACGAUCUGACAUUAGAGAAACCAGACAUAGGAUUAGGUUGCAGAAUAGUGUUGAAGGGAGAAGAGAAAUGGAUGAAAGUGGUGAAGUAAAGAGAGGCGAACGUAAGACACUGGUCAAUGAUGGAGGGAAUGUAAAGGUGAAACCUUUGAAUGAAGAUGAGAAAUUCGUCCAGAAGAGUGAUGAUAAGAAGAGCUCGGCCACAUCGAGCGGCGGCAACCAAAGAAGUGGAAAGAAGAGUUCUUCGAAUUCCGAGAAGGUGGAACUGAAGAAUGAUCUUUCAGGACAUGUAUAUGCAGAUGGAACGAGAUGGGGAUAUUUCCCUGGUCUAGCUUCGAGUUUGUCGUUCUCAGACUUCAUGGAUUCGUUCUUCGGUAACGAGAAAUGCAGUAUGAGAGUGUUUAUGGUGUGGAAUUCACCUCCUUGGAUGUACAGUGUUAGGCACCAAAGAGGGCUCGAGAGUUUACUUUCCCAACAUCCAGACGCAUGUGUCGUGGUUUUUUCAGAGACAAUCGAGCUCGAUUUUUUCAGAAACACCUUCGUGAAAGAUGGUUACAGAGUUGCUGUCGCCAUGCCAAAUCUUGACGAGUUGCUGAAGGAUACGCCUACACAUAUAUUUGCUUCUGUGUGGUUUGAUUGGAGAAAGACAAAGUUUUAUCCAACACACUAUAGUGAACUUGUCCGGCUUGCUGCCCUGUACAAGUAUGGAGGUGUUUAUCUCGAUUCCGACGUCAUUGUUUUACGUUCAUUAUCGUCGUUAAGAAACACUCUGGGUAUGGAGGAUGGCGGUUCGUUGAAUGGUGCAGUCAUGGCGUUUGAUAAGAAAAGCCCGUUCUUGCUGGAAUGCUUGAACGAGUACUACAUGACAUACGAUGACAAGUGUUUGAGAUGUAACGGGGCCGAUCUCCUGACAAGAGUGGGGAAAAGGUUUAUGAACGGAAAGAAGAAUCGACGGGAUAUGAAUCAAGAAGGGUUGAAGGUUCAGCCGUCGUCUGUUUUCUUCCCGAUCAGUUCACGACAGAUAGCCGGAUAUUUUGCAUCGCCUGCAGCAGAAGCCGAGAAAUCUCAGCAAGAUGAACUGAUGGAGAAGAUUACGAAGGAAUCGCUCACGUUCCAUCUAUGGAACAGCGUAAGUUCAUCGCUUAUCCCUGAGCCUGAAAGCCUCGUGGCCAAGUUCAUCAAUCACUCUUGUAUCCGAUGCUCUGAUGUAUUAUAAUAAUAGUUCUUGGUUUUUUUUUUCCGACAUAGAAACCAUUUUUUUUUGGCAGAAAGUAUUUAGACAUAGACAUGAUCAUCAUCCCCUGUUUGCUUUUACCACAUCAUUCUUCAUGUUAGGGUUUAGUAGAUCUCUGGUGCAUUUUCAUGUCGCUGCCUAGAAGUGGCCAUUUUGAGGUUUCAAUCCAUUCGGGUUCGAUUCGGUUA